CAUUCCUCUUCCAAUUCCCCAAUCCUUUAGUCUGUUCUAUCGCUCUUUUGUUCCUCCAUUCUUCUCUCAUACAAAAAUGCUCUGCUCGUCUAGACACGCCCUCAUCAGGGCCACCCCUGCCAUAACCAAGUCAAACCUCGCUCCACUGGUAGCAACUCGGUCAUUUGCUUCAGCUUCUAACGAUAAGGUAGCAAUUAAGCUUCCAAAGGAUUCCUUCAAGACUUUCAAAUGUGAAGCGCCGUCAUUGGAGGUUGAUAUCAAAAAGAAUGAUCUUCUCGACAUGUACAAAAGCAUGGUGAUCAUGCGUCGAAUGGAGACGACUGCAGAUGGCCUCUACAAAGCAGGUCUUAUCCGAGGGUUCUGCCAUUUGUGUACCGGUCAGGAGGCUGUAGGUGUAGGAAUGGAGAGUGCAUUGACAGAUGAAGAUAAGGUCAUCACGGCCUAUCGCGCCCAUGGAUUCACUUAUAUGCGGGGGGGCACCAUCCACUCUAUCCUGGCAGAGCUACUGGGUCGUGGAACUGGGAUCUCCAAGGGCAAAGGCGGAUCGAUGCACAUGUUCACGCCCAGGUUCUUUGGAGGCAACGGUAUUGUAGGAGCACAAGUGCCUCUCGGUACCGGCAUUGCAUUCGCUCAAAAGUAUCUCAAUCGUAAAGCUGCUACCUUUACGUUCUAUGGUGAUGGGGCAGCCAAUCAAGGCCAAGUCUUCGAAUCGUUCAAUAUGGCCAAACUAUGGGAUCUCCCUUGUGUCUUUGUAUGCGAAAACAACCAAUAUGGUAUGGGCACCUCUGCUGAUCGAUCAUCUGCGAGUACAGAAUAUUACAAGCGUGCUGAAUACAUUCCCGGAAUCAAAGUCAAUGGAAUGGACAUCAUCGCUGUUCAUCAGGCUAUUGCACAUGCACGAGAAUGGACGCUCAGUGGAAAGGGACCAUUGGUACUUGAGAUGGAGACUUAUCGCUAUGCUGGUCACUCUAUGUCAGACCCAGGGACAUCGUACAGGAACCGUGACGAAAUCCAAAAGAUGCGAGCAGAUCAUGAUGCAAUUACGGGCUUAAAGGAUCGACUAUUGGAACACAAGCUUAUCACAGAGGAUGAAGUCAAGGCCUUGGAUAAGGCUGCGCGUGCAGAGGUUGAUAAGAUCGCAGAGAAAGUCAAAGCUGAUCCAGAACCAGACCUGAAGGAGUUUUGGGAAAAUGUAUACGUGAAGGGGACCGAGGUUCCUUUCUUACGUGGACGAGAACCGGACGUGAUUCACCGUUAC